AUGGCGACGGCUUUGUACAAGACGACCACAAGCUCAAACCUUUACCACCACCACCACUCAAUUCUUCCGCCGUUCUCACCGCCGUUUCAUCUUCACCGUAGAACCAGCUUCUUACUCGCGACUCCUCUCCGUUUACGCCGCCUCGCUGUAGUUGGCGGUGGCCCUCCAUCUCCUCCUAGUCCUGAUCCGCCUCCGCCUGAGGACACCACUCAACUUGCAGAAUCUCGUCCUAGUGAUCCAAAAGAGCAGCCAUUUCUUGUGGAGAUGUUCCUCUAUAUGUCUUGUAGGAGCUGUGACAAGGAUUCAAGACCGCGUAAAGAUCUUCCUCGCAGUGUUAUUUUGGAUGUCUCUCUUCUUUUGGGUUACAGUGACCGAUGGGAGGGGUAA